AUGAUAUAGUAGCGAAAAAUGAUGACCUUAAGAGUUUGGGAUUAACUGCAAUCCUUGAGGAUGCUCUAUCCAAUUGCCAAAAUAUUCCAUUCAUGGCUAUUGACAAUGAAGGCCAAAAAGCGAUAGUAAUACUUUUAGGCAUUCAGGUUUUCUUCGACAUUCUUGUACCGAAUGGAGAGUCACCAGAUAAUUGUGAAACAAAAGUAAGAGGUAUUCUCUCUGGUAGUAAGGUGAAGACUUUAAAAAUAGAGCAGAUUAAAGCUUUUCCUUUCCGCAGUUAUCAUACAGAAAAAAAGACAUAUUUACGAAUUUAUACAAGUGGCACUGGUAAAAGAAAGACAGCCAUGAAAGCCAUUCAAGAUAAUAAUUACGAAACUGCAUCAGAUGACUUGUACUCAUUUCACCGUAAAGUGGCAAGAGAGAAUAGAAUCCAACUUUCUGGAUGGUCUAUGCUAACUCUCUUACGGGAUCGUACUCUUGUCUUCACGUGGGAUAUAGAGACGCAAUCCCAAGAGUUAGAUGAUCCAAAGUCAUUAAAACAGAUUUGUCUUAUAAACAUUGAGACAGAACCAGAUUCACAACGGAUUACAAUCAUUUGCGGAAAUCAAGUAAAUCUGCUAAAAGCUUUCGUUCUCUGCUGGCGAGCAUUUGCCUCUGACAUCCAAGUUGGGUUAACGAUUCAGACUAUGAUUGGUAUUUCAUUAUGGAAAGAGCCUAUCAUCUUAACAUACUCGAAUGGAUGUGGAAGAGCGAAAUCAGAAAAUAAUUUUAAGAAAGGAAAGAAAAAGAAUACAGAUGAAGAGGAGACUAUAUGGGGAUCGAGUGAAGAGAUCAAGAAGGAAAAGGAUUUUAUGGGAGCAAUUAAGAUCAAAAUUACUGCAGAAGAGAAUUUCUUUUUCAAAGUAGAAAAGGAAGUUUCACUUAAAUUCUUCUUAAAAAAGUGUGGUUUUGAUGCUAAAGCUGACAUGCCAUAUGAUGAAAUAUGGAGAAUAUAUUCAGAAGCAAAAGAGCACCCCUCGUCGAUAACUGGGAAAAAAAUGCAUAAAGUAGCAAAUUAUUGUAUUAUAGAUGCAUUGCGUUGCCAGGAGCUUUUGAUGAAGAUACGAAACCUUCUAGGCACUUAUGCUUUUAAACGAGAUAUGGGGAUUGAAUCAAGAAGACCUGUAACGGGAUUAGAUUUUGCCUCAUUAUAUCCCAGUCUCAUUAUGGCUUACAAUCUCUCUCCAGAUAAAAUAAUACUAACACAUAGAGAGGCCGAUAUUGCAGAAAAAAAUGGAAACAUUUUAUAUAAGAUUGAGUUUCCCUUUAAUAACCGCACUGAUUUAUUCAACAAGAGAGUAGAGCUUAAAGCACAUCUUGCCCAACUUGGAAAGAAAAAGCUACAACUUGCGAAGAUAAUAAGUUCAGCUAAAAAAAGAGGCAAAAGAAUUUUGGAGAGCUUAAAUUCAGAAUAUUCAUUCGUAUGCUUCGAUUAUGAUUAUUUUAAUUCGAAGCAAAGAGCUCUGAAGAUCCCUGACUCUGGCGAGUACUUUAGCUAUGUUGUAGUGAACAAUGGUCACCGCUAUAAAGAAGAUGGCAUGAAAUCAACAAGGAAAGGCGAUUAUAUAGAGUUCGCAAAUAUUGCGAAAGAGUUUAAUAUAGAGAUAGAUAUCAGCUACUAUUUAGAACAAACAGUAGGAAUGUGCGCACAUUUCAUUAAUGAUGAUGAUAGUUUUCAACUGUUCCCAUCAGAUAAAAUAAUGCAGAUUAAAGAUUCAGAUAAAAGCUUCAAAUCCAACGAAAUUUGUUUCCCGAUCACAAAAGAGGAUAGGUGGCUAUUUAGUAAGAUAAUAUCAGAUCAGGAAGGAAUAGCAGAUAUCGUAAUGGGUGACUAUCGAUUUUUACAACAUCAUAGGCAUAAUGUCUUGAUAAAUCCAACUGAAGAUUUAUCAGAAAAGCUAUUAGCUCACACUAAGAAAAGAUUUGAAGAAGUUCUUCUUGCGCCAGUACUUAUACGGUAG